AUGCGCUUUUCUGUCGAGGUCAUAGGACUGCUGACCUGUUUUCUCUCUCAAGCUAUUGCAGCUCCAGGAAAGAGAGAUCUCACCUCGUUUACUGCUGCUGAACGAGCAAUUGCGUUACAGGGAGCCUUGAACAACAUUGGACCAGAUGGAGUAAAGGUUCCUGGUGCUGGUGCGGGGUUCGUGGUUGCCAGUCCAAGUAAAGUAAAUCCUGACUACUUCUACACUUGGACUCGAGACUCCGCUCUCACACUGAAGAUGUUGAUUGAUGAAUUUAUCUUCGGAAACACAGCCCUCCAAUCUUAUAUCGACGACUACAUCCACGCUCAAGCAAAACUCCAAACAGUCUCCAAUCCGUCAGGGACAUUCUUACCCGCCGGACUCGGUCUCGGAGAGCCAAAAUUCCAAGUCGACGGCACCCGCUUCAACGGUGCCUGGGGUCGCCCUCAACGAGAUGGCCCAGCUCUUAGAGCGAUUGCCUUAAUGACUUACAGCAACUGGCUCAUCAAGAAUGGAAAUUCUACAGCAGCAAAGACAAUCAUCUGGCCUAUUAUCGCCAAUGAUUUGUCUUACGUCGGAGAAUACUGGAAUCAGACAGGAUUCGAUCUCUGGGAAGAGACUCUUGGAUCCAGUUACUUCACCAUCCAGAACCAGGCCCGAGCUCUCAUCGAAGGUGCCCAACUCGCUCAUGAUUUGGGCGUCACAUGUCCAGGCUGCGUCCAAGCUCCCGAGGUCCUUUGCUUUCUCCAAAGUUUCUGGAAUGGGGAGUUUAUCGUGAGCAAUAUCAAUAUUGACAAUGGCCGCACUGGAAUCGACGGAAAUUCAAUCUUGGGUCCGAUUGCGAUUUUUGAUAUCGAUGCCUAUUGUGACAGUCCGACAAUGCAGCCUUGCCACAGCAACAAUUUGGCAAAUUUCAAGGUGUUGAUAGAUACCUUCAGAGCAACGUAUGCCAUCAAUGAUGGAAUUCCAGAGGGGCAGGGAGUUGCUGUCGGACGGUACGCUGAGGAUGUCUACAUGGGCGGAAAUCCUUGGUACCUCAUCACCACCGCAGCGGCCGAGUUCCUCUACGACGCCGUUGCCCAAUGGAAAGCUCGCCACGUCCUAAUCGUCGACAGCACCUCCCUCGCUUUCUUCCAAGACAUCUACCCAUCCGUCACCGUCCGCCAAUACAACUCCGGCAACGCCAACUCGCCUUUCGCCCAGAUAAUGGACGCCGUAACAGCAUACGCCGACUCCUUCGUCGCAGUAGCAGAGAAAUACAUCCCCUCCAACGGAUCGCUCGCCGAGCAAUUCAACCGCACAACGGGAGUUCCCCUUUCAGCUAACGAUCUCACCUGGUCGUACGCUGCAUUCGUGACUAUGGCGCAACGACGAGCAGGUCAAUAUCCUGCGUCAUGGGGAAGUAGGAAUGCGAUUGCGCCUCCAGCUACUUGUGCCGGCACCAGCACGACAGGAGUAUACGUCCCUGCCAUCGCAGCAGGAGCUCCGAAUGUGACGAGUACAUGUCAAGUCAACGUUAUAUUCGACGUCAACGCCACGACGUACUAUGGCGAGAAUCUGUACGUGAUCGGGGAUACGGAUGAUCUCGGUGUGUGGGAUGUCUCGAAUUCGCUACCGAUGGGAGCAGGUGGGUAUACUUCAGAAAGACCGCUUUGGAGUGUAAGUGCGUACUUGAAUGCUGGGGAGGAAGUCAAUUAUAAGUAUGUGAGGCAGGAGGAUUGUAAUCAGCCGUAUAUUUAUGAGACGGUCAAUAGGACAUUGACGGUGCCGGCUUGUGGGAGUGCGGCGAUUACGACGAAUGAUGCGUGGGAUGGGCCGGUUGGGACGAGCGGGAAUUGUGGAUCUUAA